CUUUUUUGUCACAAAAAAGACGAGCAGUUUGAAUGAAUUAACGUGUCAUGCCCGAGCGGAAGGAAAAGGGACCUGCGCAAGCCAAACUGCUGUUGCUCCACAUGCUUGCUCCAAUACUCCUUUGCUCCUUCCCCUCCCACACAAGCAACUCAAGAUAACCUUUAAUUCCUUCCGCCUCUUCAUUCUCCGUUCGGUUCGGCUGUUCCCUUCUGAAAAUCCAUAUUCAUUUAGUUUUUCCAGCCAGAUCUUUUACUGGCGGUUUGAAAUGGACGGCCAGCGUCUCCGGAGGUUCGGAACGAGCAUCCACAUAAUGGCCCUCGACGGUAUCGUUAACGUUAACUCUCUUUUCACCUUAGCAGUCUUCAUCGGCCUGGCUUGGAACCCCACCGACCCCAACAAUAGUCUCAUCGACGAUCCCAAUUGCUUUCCUAGCCCAAAAGUUGCUGAAGACCUCAUUGCCUUCCAUGUCUACUCCUUCAGCUCCUUCCUAUUCUCCAGCCUCAUCGCUCUGGGGCUCAAACAGGCCAUCAGGAUUGCAAAGAACUCCGAUGUGCACGAUGGCAUGAUGGCGCGCGUUAACAAGUCGGCGUUACGAGUCGGAAUCAUGGUUUCGGCAGUUGGGUCGCUCUGCGGGUGUGGGUGCCUGAUGAUGGCGUUGGUGAACGUUGUUCAGAUCAAGCUUGGGACUUUCUCUUGUGGGAGAUUCUACAGCUAUGGGGCCAUUGUUCCUCUUCUCAUCUUUGUCCCCGCUGCACUUCUCAUUUAUGUCUUCACCGUCUUGUACGCUUUUACUCGCUAACUUUCCACUUUCCCUUUCUUGGUUUUCGUCUUUAAGCUCUUGAUAGAUAGGUUACUUGUAUACUGUAUGAGCAUCACACUGAUGAGAAAAGGGCAAGGAAUAAAAAAGAUUUAUUUUUCAUCUUAAACAACGAAAAAGAAAUUGGAAAAAAAAAAACAUACUUCCUGUCGAAAUUUUCUGAUGCAUGAAUUGAUGAAAUUGUAAUGAGAUAGCAAUUUAUGUUCAUCCCAUCUUUA